ACGAGCAAGAUGGCCUCCCCAGCGGACAGCUGCAUCCAGUUCACCAGACACGCCAGCGACGUUCUGCUGAACCUCAACCGCCUCCGGAGCCGAGACGUCCUGACGGACGUGGUGAUUAUCGUCAGCCGGGAGCAAUUCCGGGCCCACAAAACGGUCCUCAUGGCCUGCAGCGGCCUUUUCUACAGCAUCUUCACCGACCAGCUCAAGUGCAAUCUCUCCGUCCUGAACUUAGAUCCAGAAAUCAGCCCUGAAGGUUUUGGGAUCCUCCUGGAUUUUAUGUACACGUCUCGUCUCAACCUGCGGGAAAGUAACAUCCUGGCGGUGAUGGCCACGGCCCUUUACCUGCAGAUGGAACAUGUGGUGGACACCUGUCGGAGGCUCCUGAACUCCAGUGAAACGGAAAUGGUCUCGGCUGCCAAGACCUCCCGGGAGGAUUUUUUAGCCAACCAGAUGCUCAGCCAACCAAACAUGAUGGCUUACAGGAGCCGAGAUAUCACGGAAACCAGCCUACCUCUUCGGAACGGCCCCGUUUGUGACGGGAGAACCUUCAUGCCCAGUUUGUACAACGGCAUGUCGGGAUCCCCCAUUUCCUACACUAGCUACAACACUGUGCCCAUCGGCGGGUACAUCUACUCGGACGAAGAACUACGAGAUGCAAGGAUGCCCGUCUCGGAGGCGUCAAGAGGGCACCCCUUUUUGCGAGAACGCGCAGCACCCUGCAGCGUGUCUCGGAGUAGCGCCCCCGAGUUCACCAGGGCGGGGGCUAAUCUCUCGCCCAGCCUGUGCCGCCCCGCUGUCUACUCUCCGAAGGAAGAGGCGGCCGAAGAGAACAAAAAUGAUGUCCGCUACAGCGCAGCUACGGGUCCCGACCCGGCGCCCCCUCUGACUCACAACAACGCCUAUUUUGCGUGCAACAAAACGAGCAAGGAAGAAGAGAGGCCCGUUCCCGAAGCCAAGAGGAGCCAGCGCUUCGAGCCCACCAACGCGCCCAUGAACCGGAAAGUGGUGACCAGCCCACAGAGCCCCCAAAAGUCGGACUGCCAACCCAAUUCGCCAACCGAGUCCAGCAGCAGCAAGACCGCCUGUAUCGGCCCGAGUGCCCCUUCGGCGAAGAGCCCCACCGAUCCCAAGGCGUGCAACUGGAAGAAGUACAAGUUCAUCGUGCUCAAUUCGCUCAACCAGGACGCCAAGGAGGAGGGGCCCGAACACAGUGAGGCCGGGACGCUCUCCCCGCGGCCAUACGUCCCCUCGCUGGCGUGUCAGCAGUCCCUGGAGCCCGAGAUCAUGGAUGUGCAGUCCCCGACUAAACUCAACAUCAACGGGGAAGACUCAACGAUCCCUCAAGCGAGCCGCCUGAACAAUAUUCUUAACAGGUCACUUGAUGGUUCUCCUCAGAGCAGCGAGGACCAGUCGCCUUUGUAUCUGCACUCGUCCAAGUGCAGCUCGUGCGGCUCGCGGUCCCCGCAGCAUUCGGAAAUGUGCCUUCAUACCCCCGGAUCCAACUUCGGAGAAGAAAUGGGGGAAACCCAGUCGGAAUAUUCAGAUUCCAGUUGUGAAACCCGCUCCUUUUUCUGCAAAGAAUGCCAGUGCCCGUUCUCGGAAGAGGCUGCGUUCAAGAAACAUUCCCUGCAAACGCACAGUGAGAAACCGUACAAGUGUGACCGUUGCCAGGCCUCGUUUCGCUACAAGGGGAACCUAGCCAGUCACAAAACUGUGCACACAGGCGAGAAGCCCUACCGUUGCGGCAUCUGCGGGGCGCAGUUCAACCGUCCGGCUAACCUCAAGACUCAUACGCGGAUCCACUCCGGGGAGAAGCCUUACAAAUGUGAAACUUGUGGCGCCCGCUUCGUACAGCGCAAUAAAUGCCAAGAGAUGGAAUUGCCCCUUGGCCAAAGACUAGCUGUAGUUUCCCUGGGGAGAAAUCCGAUUUCUAAAACAAAAUUUGUUCUGAAUUUGUUCCCCUUUCCUUUCCCGGUAUCCGUUGGUCCCCUAAAAAUGACACAAUUGACCUUGCAAUCAAACUUCAACGGCCUCUUUUCCUCCCCCCCCCCCUUCCAGUGUGAAAAGUGCAACUUGCACUUCCGACACAAGAGCCAACUCCGCCUGCACCUCCGGCAGAAACACGGCGCCAUCACGAACACCAAGGUGCAGUACCGCCUUUCGCCCGUCGACGCCGCCCCGGAACUCUCCAAGGCGUGUUGAGGACUUAGCGGGGUGAAACGGCAGACGUAGCCAAGAGGCUUUUCUCCGGGAAAAGGGCGUGCAAAGGAUGCUUCGAUCACUUUAGGAAAAAACAAACAAAAAACACAACCCGUUGUCGUUCUCGCUGUUUGUGUUGUUGUCGUUGUUGCUACACACAUCGGAGUGCCUCUAGAACCCCGGAGCGAAGGACUGAAAAAAACAGGAUGCGCGAACAAGGGACACGUUUCAAUGUUCGGUUUACGUUGGUUUUGUUCCCCUAAGUUGUGUAAACUUCACCGUCGGACUACUUGUGCGAGCGUGCGUGCCUGUGUGUUUGUCCGUGUGUGUGCCUGUGUGUGUGUGCGCAAACAGAAGAAAGGGUCAACGACUCUUUCUCACAAUGUCCGCGCGGGAGAAUGUCGAAAAAUCUCGUCCCCCCCGCGGGGGGAAAAAUUGAGGAAUGUACAUUGAUUUAUUGGGAGCAAAGUUGAAUAUCUUUUUAUGCAAAGUGUGUGUGUUUGUGUGUGUGUGUGUGUGUGUUUCACAACAGAGAAAGAGAUUGUAAAAGGGAUACGAGGGGGCUUUCAAACUUUUUAACCAAAGGUGAAGGAAUUUAUGGACAGAAUUGUAAAUAGAUGAAUAUAUAUAUGAAAUAUAUAUAUACAUAUAUGUGUGUGUAUGUGUGUAUAUAUAUAUAUAUGAGAGAUUAUAU